AUGGCAGCAUCUGGUGUCCCGGGUCCAACAAGAGCUCGCCUUUGGUCCACGAUAACUGCCAAGAGGCAAGAGCCGAUCCCUCGCGCAAUCACAGAAAAUGUGCGAAGAGGUCUGCGAGCACAGCCGCAGAAUAAUCCUCUUACUUUAACCAUACUUGCACAGAUGGAUAAGACUCUCACCCCUUUGGCUGCCUCUGAUUCACUGCGAAGAUCCCUUGCUGAGCCGGGAAAGGUUUCAUUGUUCAAAUGGACUGUGGAUGCCUUUACCGUGACGGUUAGUGACGGAGCCUUUGGAAAAGUGUGUCUGGACAUGUUUCCAGAGGUGGUAGAUACCAUGUUCCUUCUCCAGACGAAUAUUUAUUCCAUUUUCACGAGACGUCCUAGAAUACUUGCCCCAAAGGCUUAUGCUGCCAGCGACAAGCUAGCGUGUAUUCUUGCCAAAUACUUUGCCCUGCCCACAGAAAAGAAGUUGGACUGUGCAGAAUUCGUGACUAUGACCGAAGAUGAAAUCCGCGCGGCAGCUGUUACAAAGGAAGAAUUGGCUAUGAUCAUGCUCGACAAUCCAUCCACUGCCGCAUUCUGGGUCUUGUGCAGAGUUCUUUAUAACCCAGAGCUAUUAGCUACGAUUCGAGAAGAAUGUGAAGAGGCAUUUGAGAGAAACAAGCCCGUGGCACCGUCCGAAAUCCCAGCACGGCUAGAGUGCUGCCCAAUCCUCAAGGCCACCUUUGAGGAAACUAUGCGUCUCCACUCCGGCACACACGUAUUCCGUCAUAUUUCUGAAAAUACAGAGAUUGGUCCGUAUCGCCUACGGAAGGGCUCAAAUAUUCUUAUCCCCUAUAACCGCAUCCAAGUGAGUAAAACUCAUUGGGGCCCUGAUGCAGAGGAGUUCAAACAUCGGCGCUUCCUCGACAAUCCGGGACUCGCGAACUCGCGGUAUUUCAGACCUUUUGGGGAUGGCACCCAUCAGUGCGGAGGCAAAAUAAUGGCACCUCAGCUUGUGAUGUACUUUGUUGCUAUUGUGGUAUGUCGGUAUGACGUGGGCAUACCUGGUGGGAUUGAGAAUUGUCCGUUUCCUAGAGUUGAUAUUCCCAAAGGGAGGGCGACGGUGCCAAUGCCGGUGGCGGGUGAUGUGCCUCACGUUACGAUUACACCACGCAAAAGAGAUGGCUGA